AUGGGCUUCCACAACCCACUUCCUUCAUCUAUGGAGGCUGAGUGCAAGAAGUGUGCAAAGAUUUUGACAUCUUUUGUUGAUGCCAGGCGCUUCGGCCCCGACAGAGUCAUUCCAGCCAAAGUGCUGUCUUCAGCCAAGGGUCUCGCAGUUAUCACUGUAUUCAAAGCCGGCCUAUUUGGUUCUGGCAGAUUUGGUAGUGGAGUUGUCGUUGCCCGUCUGCCCAAUGGUUCAUGGAGCGCUCCGUCAGCCGUCGCCCUUGCCGGCACCGGCAUAGGAAGUCAAAUCGGCCUUGAACUUGUCGAUUUCGUCUUUGUUCUCAACAGCUCCGACGCAGUCAAGACCUUUUCUCAAGCAGGAUCCCUGAGCCUCGGAGGCAGUCUGUCGCUGGCUGCCGGUCCUUUUGAACGCACAGCAGAGGCUGCUGGAGCAGCCAAUCGACGAGGUGCCGCGGCCAUCUACAGCUACUCAAAAGCCAAGGGAUUCUUUGCUGGGAUUUCUCUGGAAGGCUCAGUGAUGGCUGAGCGGAAAGGUGCGAAUGACAAGAUGUACGGAUGGCCGUACUCUGCGGGCCAACUCCUUUCCGGAGUAGUUGAGCCUCCUCCCGCAGCUGCGCCGCUGAUGGAAGUUCUCAAGAUGAACGCAUUUGGAAGUUACAUGUUCUUGCCGAUUGGCAUUCAAAGUCCGGCCAUACCGAGUCCUAGGUUGGAAGCUGGAAGAAGCGCCGGCUCUAGCUACGAUGAUGCGGAUGUGACCCUGGUGGCACUGUCACCACGCCCUCUUCGGUCCAGACUUGAGACUGGCACGAUGACAUCGCAGCAGCAGUCCAGAGAGAAUGAGGAGCAGCACGCUGCGGAACAGCACCUGCAGGCCCUUCGAUACGAGGGAAGCCAAUCUGGAAGACAACGGCCAAGAGGUCAGCAGCCCGGCGCACAGCAUUCCGAGGCAAGGGCCGGGAGGCAAACGUCGCCGAGACAGCACCUGCAAAGACAGGAAUCUGAGAGGCAGAGAUCUGAAAAGCCUGCCCAGUUAUAUCUGGAUGAUCAGUCGAACAUGAUUUGA